AUGAUUGACCCUUUUGAAAAGUUACAAUGUCCGUUUGGGCAUGUGGUAUACACACCACAAUUGAGUGAAGAACAGACUCCACAACCAAACACUGGUUCCUUGUUGCUAAUGAACCUGGCAAAGUCUGACAGUACCAACUGGAUCCCAGAUAGGUUUAUUCCAUGCCAGCAAAAAGAUCGUCUCCCACCAGGAAAUGUCGUGACCCUAAAACUGGCAACUUUAAAUUAUUGUAAAACUGAGUCUGUCAAAGAUAAGGGCUUGAUCAAGAAGUAUAAAAGCCAUUCAUUAUUUACAAACCCAUUAAACAGUGGAUCCAAAGAGCAAGAAGAUCUUAAGCCAAAGGACAUUUGA